GGGACCCUGCUGCCGGACCGGCGUGCUGGCAUGUUUCUUUCCGUCCUAGUCCUGCGCGUUACUAAACGACGCUACUAGAGAUCUGCCGCCUCUCGCGUUUGUUUUCUUUUGCGAUUUUCGUAAACUGUUCUUCCUUUCUGUGCUGCGUGAGUGCCUGCGGCCAAGGGCGCCCAACAUGCCCUCGUCCUGUGCAGCAUUCGGCUGCGGGAACACCGGCGGGCGAGACGACGUUGUGUUUCACGUGUUCCCUAAGGACAAGAAGCUUGCAGCGCAGUGGGUCCGUGCGGUGAGGAGAGAUAAUUUCGUGCCGACGAAAUCAACUGCGCUGUGCUCGGACCAUUUCCGCGACAGUGAUUAUUAUCGGAGCUUGACAACGAUGCGGGCAAUCGGUAUGCCUGUUAAAUCGUCGCGACUGAAGCCCGGCGUUGUUCCGUCUAUAUUCUCCCACAAGAGAAACACCUCGCCACCUCCAAGAGCGGCCUUCGCCAAUAGGGGAAAGCGUGAGGUACUAGCAGAGCUCCUUGAGAACCUAGCCCCUGAUGAACCUGUUCCACUACCAUCACCAAUCGAAGAGUUUGAAGCAGCCAUUGUGCCACAGGCAGCUGGUGUUGAACAGAAUUGCCCCGAAACUGCAGACAAGAGCCUUCAAGUUCUGAUACAACCAGUAACAUCUUGCACGGCGACACAAGCAGACAUGAAAAAAAAGUGCAGCUUCAUCUCAUGUGGGACGCAGACAAAGCUUCGGGGUGUUUAAGUUGGUGUCCAGUUUGGCAACUUCAUGGUAGAUGUUGCUACUCAGCUGAUGAAUGUGGCAGAGCCAUGUUAUGAGAGUGACAGCUUAAGUGACAAUGAACCUGCUUCUGAUUUCGACGACGAUUACAGUCCUGACAAUUUUGACAGUCCUCAUUUAUUUAUAUCUGCAAAAUUCCUCUAAUUUGAGACAUCUCUUCCAGGUACUAUCUGUAAUCAGACAGUAAAGACGAAAUAUCAAGCAA